UGCUUGAGCAGAUUGUGGAGCGUUGAUUGAUUGUGUUUGUUUGGUAUUGAAGAGAGAGUGUUUGAUUACUAGUCCAGCAAAGAGGUAGUUUUAGAAUGGCGCUCGAAUCCGAAAUUUCAAAGCUCGCGCUCGGCGACGACGAUGGUAAAGCACAGCAGCAGCCGAUUGCCGAGCCGGGGACUGAAUUAUCCGUGGCUCAAGAUGGCGAUGAGAAGACAGAGGAGAAGAAAGAGGAGGAGGAAUUGGUGGAUCCGGCGGGAUUGUCGAGUAGUUUUGAUAAGUUGCUGUUUGAGUAUUGCGAGUUGGUUGAUACGUAUCAGAGUUUACGGCUCCGGCUCAGUCAUCUAUUCGCUGAGGGAUUCCUGAAUCUGGCACAGGCAAACUACGGCCGUUCCCGCGGCCAUUUCGGACGCGACCAGUAUCACGGAAACAUGCACGCCUCCAGAAUCCUAGAAUUGACAGAUAAGACGUUCACGCCGCUGUACGUCUCUUCUGAGACCAACGAUCUCUCAUACGUGGGCUUGAGUAUGACAGACGCGGCCGUGCCGGCUGAGGAUAUGGCCGAGCUGGAGAAAAAGGAGAAGGAGAAGCGGGCAAAGCUGGAGGCUGCUGCUGCUGCUGCCGCUGCUGCUGCUGGGGAGUCGGCGCCGGCGGAGGAGAAGAUUAAGGAUUUGAAGGAGCAGGUGGGUGCGUCGGGCGCCGACACCUCAGCGACGACGAGACGCAGGAAAGGCGCGACGGAGCAAUCAAAGGACGGAGAGAAGGAGGAUGAUGAGAAGAAAGAGAGUGUGGAGAAGAAGGAGACAGUUGCGAAACCGAAACUGCCGCUACGGAUGGAUCCGAUUCGGUGGUUUGGCGUACUAGUCCCGCAGCAGCUGCGUCUGUCGCAGCGGUGUUUUGGAGAAGCUACGGAGACGGUGGCGGAGUUGGUGUCUGUUUGUAACAGGAUGGAUGCGUUGGAGGGAUACAUUAGACAGGUGCGAAAGAGCUAGAGGGGGUAUAUAGAGAGUGUAUUAAUCAUAGAACGCACAUAGCAGGAUUAUUAAGACGAUCGUCAUGUCUACACGAGAUCUAACCAGUUUACUCCCCGACAAACACAAACACAAAGACAAAGACAAAAAAUGCAAAUUCGUAAGUUCAUAGAAUAAGAUGCUACCACCCGCCUCCGACGCCGUUGCCCGUAGCAGUAAAAGUCAAGAAAUCGACCUCGACGCCGCAGUACUCGAGAUACACCGUCCCCGAAUCAGCAUCGAUCUCGUCGUCGUCAAACGCGGUCUGCAAGCUCUCCUGCAGCAUCGCCGCGUCGCUCACGCUCUUGUUUGUUUGCAGCACGUCGAGCACGAGGAUCUGUGCAAAGUCAAGGACUGUGGAUGUGAUGUUGAACGUGCUGCUGGUGCUGGUGAAGUCGUCGGUGUCGAAAGAGA